UCUUAUCAGAAAAUGAUGGAACCAAAAGAGAAAGAGAAAAUGGAAACAAGUCAUCACUCAAAAAUUCCCAUUACAAAAUUCCAAGCCCCAAAUAUUUCCCAAUAAUCCCUUUUGCUUUUUUCUCAGAUUUCUGCGAACGGAUAAUAAAGUUCCACAAAGUUGGAACAGAAUUCUUGCAGCUAUCAAUCCAAUCAAUCAUUGUUAAUUACUUUUAUUGUUAUUGUUGUUAUUAUUAUUGUGAAUCUUCUUCUUCUUCUUCGUCUUCUUGGAUUAUCUGAUAUUAAUCGUAGACACAUUUUGUGCCAUGACGAUUCUUAUGAUGAUCAUGCUCAUGAUCAAGAUCAAAUUUUGAAGCCGUUGAAGAUUCAAUCUGCAAAAGCCAAAAGGAUCGUUUCUGAGUCGGUGUUUGUUUCCUGGAAUAGAUAAUUCUCUUCCAACUUUUACGUUCUUCAAUGCUCUCUCCAAUUCUCUGUGUUUUUGGGAGCUGGUGCAAUUGGUUUGGAUCUGAUUGUGACUUUUGAAUAUGGUUUCAAUGAGGACCUUUUGAUCAGCAUUUGAUGGAACUCUAUUCUCCAUGAUAUUGGUCAACAAGGGUUAUUUUCUUGAAUAUUGCUUCAGGAAUUGUGGUUUCUUUUUCCCUCCAAGGUUUGAAAAAUUUGCGUCUUGCUAACCACUUUGCCACCUGGUUGAUGGGUUUGUUCUUUGCAAUGGGGAGAAGAAGUGGAAUGAUUGAGGAGAGAUGAGUCUGAGUCUGACAUUUUUGAGUUGGAAUUUCUCUUGAGGUGUGUUUUGUUUUUUUUUUUCUUCCCAGUUGUAUGUGAUGAUGGUAUGGAAAGGAUUUCACCCUGGUAUGAGCUCUGUCUCUCUCUUGAAUUCAGUGAUUGUUGAUUUGUUUCAUCAUUCUAUUAAUUUGACUUGGGUUGGUUUAGAUAUACAGUUAGUUAUGUUGUAGUACCUUGUUUAGUAAUAGAAGAGUGAUCCGCGGAAGAGUUGAACUGAAAACUCUGUGAUAAGUAGGCUUCCUUUUGUGAAUUUCGAAUUCCAAAGGUUUGAUAGAGGUGCCGUUGGUCUUGUUCUUGAAGAGUGUAGUUGUUGAUGUAGUUUUUUCAUAGACUGGAAUGGAGGAACAUAAAUUACCUUAAAAACACCAGGGAUUGUUUGUGGAUAUAGAAGGAAUAAAUAUUCUACGGGUUCGUUCCUGAGUUUUAUAUACAUUAACAGCCGCAGUAGCUUUGGAUCUUGGGGAUUGAUUGUAUCCAUUUUGGGAUUCUAGUUCCUUAUUUUGGAUUAGAUUCCCAUUUUGAAUGUGGUCGGCUGUAAGUGGCGAAUGAGCAUGUCAUAAUGAGUGGGGAAACAAGAUUGCUUGUCAAUGGAUGUAGUAGACAAGACAUUUUCUGAUAUUGUCAACGUCAUCAAAUCAUGGAUUCCCAGGCGAUCCGAACCAGCAAAUGUGUCCAGGGAUUUUUGGAUGCCUGAUCAGAGUUGUAGGGUAUGCUACGAUUGUGAUUCCCAGUUCACCUUAUUCAAUCGAAGGCACCACUGUCGCCUUUGUGGACGAAUUUUCUGUAACAAGUGUACUGCAAACUCAAUUCCUGCUCCAGUUACCAGCCAGAUCAAUCCUUGGGAUGAGUGGGAAAAGAUUCGCGUAUGCAAUUUUUGUUACAAGCAAUGGGAGCAAGGAGUAGUUGCUUUUAAUAACAAUACACAGGUUUCCAAUCUGGAUUGCAGUGCUACAUUAUCAACUUUGAGCUCGGUUAGCAGUAAAACCAGUGUUACUGCUGACAGUACUAAUAUUACUCUUUUCUCCAUGCCUUAUUCAGCCGGGCCUUAUCAACAAAUGCAACAGGGUCCGUGUCUGAACUUGCAUCAGUCUCCUAUGAGUGGAAACAACACUGAUAGGGAAGUUUUAUCACCUCCAUUAGGGGGGAGGAAUGAUCUUGCAGGAGACAUAGGGGAUCCAUUACAAAAGCAAUUUGAAUUCCCUAUGAACAGGAGUGAUGAUGAGGAUGAGUAUGGUGUAUAUCAGUUAGACUCUGAGAUGAGACAUUAUCCUCAGGUGAAUAUCUACUAUGGACAGGCUGAGUUUGAAGGAAUAAGCAACACUGAUGGCUCGCAGAAAGUGCAUCCUGAUGCAGAUAACGGUAAUGCAAAUCUCACUUCAGAGAAUGGAUUCGACACACAGGGUUUAGAAAGAAACACAGCAGUUGGGAAGAGUGAGGAUGAACCUUAUAUAUAUGAAAAUGAAGCACCUUCCUCACUAUAUGUUUCAGAAGAUGUUGAUGCUGAACCUGUUGAUUUUGAAAAUAAUGGACUUCUCUGGCUCCCUCCUGAACCAGAAGAUGCAGAAGACGAGCGAGAAACUUUUUUUGUUGAUGAAGAUGAUGAAGAUAAUGACGGGAAUGGGAAUGCCAUUGGUGAGUGGGGAUAUCUGCGCAAUUCAAACAGUUUUGGAAGUGGAGAGCAUCGCCACAAGGAUAGGACAAGUGAGGAGCAGAAGAAGGUAAUGAAGAAUGUAGUAGAUGGACAUUUUAGGGCAUUGGUGGCUCAGCUGUUACAGGUCGAAAACCUACCUGUUGAAGACAAUGGUGAAAACGUUUGGAUGGAAAUAAUCACAUCUCUCUCGUGGGAAGCUGCUACUUUAUUGAAGCCAGAUACUAGCAAAAGUGGAGGGAUGGACCCAGCUGGUAAUGUGAAAGUCAAAUGCAUUGCAUGUGGCAGCCGCAUUGAAAGUACGGUUGUUAAAGGAGUUGUUUGUAAGAAGAAUGUGGCUCAUCGUCGCAUGACAUCAAAAGUUGAUAAACCUCGCUUGUUGAUCCUUGGAGGGGCUCUUGAGUACCAGCGUGUUGCCAAUCUGUUGUCUAGUGUAGAUACCUUAUUACAGCAGGAAAUGGACCAUCUGAAGAUGGCAGUGGCAAAGAUAGCCUCUCAUCAACCAAAUAUCCUUUUGGUAGAGAAAUCAGUCUCGAGAUAUGCACAGGAAUAUCUUCUUGCAAAAGACAUAUCUCUGGUACUUAAUGUCAAGAGGCCACUUCUGGAGCGCAUAGCACGUUGCACAGGCACUCAAAUUGUGCCUUCAAUUGAUCAUCUUUCAUCACCAAAGUUGGGUUACUGUGAAGCUUUUCAUGUUGAAAAGUUUGUUGAAAAUCUUAGUAGUGCUGCUGCUCAAGGUGGUAAAAAACCAAUGAAAACAUUGAUGUUUUUUGACGGCUGCCCAAAGCCAUUGGGUUGCACAAUUUUACUUAAAGGUGCUGAUGAGGAAGAAUUGAAGAAGGUAAAGCAUGUGGUUCAGUAUGCAGUUUUUGCAGCUUACCAUCUGGCUUUGGAGACAUCUUUUCUUGCUGAUGAAGGAGUCUUCUUCCCAGAAAUUCCGCUUAACAGUCUGCCUCUUCCUAAUACAACAUCAACCAUUCAGAGGUCAAUCUCAACAGUUCCUGAUUUCGUUGCUCCUAGCAGUGAAAAGUCUCAGGGGCUUGAAUCCGACACCGGACCACGGAGAACUAAGAGUGUCAGCAGUACUGAAUCCUAUUUGCCUAAUGAUGAUCCUUGUGAAUCUUUGCAAUCUGCAUCAUGUAUCAGCCAUACAACUGCCUUUUAUUCUUCCAUUGUCGCUUCUGGAAAUGCAAUUCCAGGUUCAUACAAUGAGAAAAUUCUUCCUAGUAAAUACACAAAUGACUCCACACAACCCCUGGAGGAGGAAACUCCUGAAGUGAACAACUCUUUGGGAAUCAUGAAUGAUCCUACUGUAAACGGUUAUGGACCUGCAGAGAAAUUAGAUCAUGGUAUUUUAGCUGGCACUAUGCAAAAUGAUCUCAAGCAAAUCUCUACAAACCGAUCAACUGUGUUAGAGUUAUCUUCAGAAGAUGUUCAACCUGAGAAGGCUGGAAUCACAAAUGAAGAGAAGGUUCCUGAGGAAGAAGCGUUUCCUCCAUCACCCUCUGACCAUCAAAGCAUUUUGGUGUCUUUGUCAUCUCGGUGCGUGUGGAAGGGAACUAUGUGUGAGAGAUCCCAGCUCUUUCGAAUCAAAUAUUAUGGCAGCUUUGAUAAACCACUGGGUCGGUUUCUUCGAACUCAUCAACAGGGAACACUUACCAUAUCAGUCAAGAAACUACCAGAAAUUCUCCUUCCUGGUGAAAGGGAGGGAAAGAUUUGGAUGUGGCAUAGAUGCUUGCGGUGUCCAAGAAUCAAUGGCUUUCCUUCUGCUACACAGAGAAUAGUAAUGUCUGAUGCUGCAUGGGGUUUAUCAUUUGGGAAAUUUUUGGAGCUCAGUUUCUCAAACCAUGCUGCAGCCAGCAGGGUUGCAAGCUGUGGUCAUUCUUUACACAGAGAUUGUCUACGUUUUUAUGGAUUUGGGAAUAUGGUCGCUUGCUUUCGAUAUGCAUCAAUUGAUGUUCACUCAGUCUACCUUCCCCCACACAAACUUGAUUUUGAUUAUGGGAGUCAGGAUUGGAUACAAAAGGAAUCAGAUGAGAUGGUUAAACGGGCAGAGGUUUUAUUCUCCGAGGUACUCAAUGGUCUUAGCAAAAUAGGCGAGAAGAGAUCAAGGGCUGAACUGGAGGGAAUGUUGCAAAGGGAAAAACUGGAAUUUGAGGAAAUGCUUCAUAAGGUUUUGAACCAGGAAAAGAGAAAGGGCCAACCUGAGAUUGACAUUCUGGAAAUUUAUCGGUUGCGGAGGCAGUUACUUUUCCAGUCAUAUAUGUGGGAUAGCCGCCUAAUCACUGGGGUCAACUUAUUCAAGUCUAGCGAUGAAACUGAUUUAAGCAGUACAAGUUCAGAGGAUAAGGAAAUACAUGUUGAUGAAAAUCAGAUAAGCGUGACCACUACAGCAGGAAGCCGCUUCAAAAGUGUUGACUCUAUUGAUGGUGAUCCAAAAGAGCUGAAAAGAAGCCCAAGUGUUGGAGGAGUAGGAGGGGGUUAUGUAAAAGAUUCCCAAUCUGUUGCAUUUCAUCGAGAUAUCGACAUGCCCAAAAAUACCAAUCAUAAGAAAGAAGACCAACCUAAUCUUCCAAUCAGCAAAAGCAUAUAUGAUCCAUCUGAGCCCUUAGAACCUGAAUUGCGUGUUCGCAGAGCAAUGUCUGAAGGACCAAUGUCUCUCAUGUCUAGUUUGUCUGAUACACUUGAUGCAAAAUGGACAGGUGGAGACCACUCUUCGGCACAGCCUGAUUCAUUUCUGGCAGAAGCUACCACAACUUCGAUGCUGAAAGAAGCAUCCACUGUUGGGGAUCAUGCCGAAGACCAGAAUGCCAACAAGAGUAUCUUUUCUUCUAAGGGUCAAGAUAACAUGGAAGACUCUUCAAGUUGGUUAGCAAUGCCCUUCUUAAACUUCUAUCGCCAGUUUAACAAGAAUCUUUUUUCUAGUACAACAAAGUUUGAUACACUAGUCGACAGCAAUCCGGUUUAUGUAUCAUCCUUCUGGAAUCUGGAACUCCUAGGUGGUGCAAGGAUGCUUCUGCCUAUUGGUGUUAAUGACACUGUCAUUCCAAUAUAUGAUGAUGAACCCUCAAGUGUUAUAGCUUAUGCCUUGACGUCACCAGAAUACCAUUCCCAAUUGAAUGAUGAUGUAGAGCGACCGAAAGAUGCGAGUGAUUUAGGUUCAUCAUAUUUUUCUGAAUCAACCACCUUACAGUCAUACUCUUCUACUGAUGAAAUAGCUUUUGAUCUUCAGAAGAGUUUCGGGUCAGUAGAGGAGAUGUUAUUGUCAAUGCCAUCUCGUAACUCAUUGAUGCUAGACCCAACAUUAUAUUCAAAGACGAUGCAUGCCAAAGUUUCUUUCGGAGAAGAUGGUCCCCUCGGCAAAGUAAGAUAUUUGGUGACUUGUUAUUAUGCCAAGCGAUUUGAAGCCUUAAGAAGGGUCUGCUGUCCUUCAGAGUUUGAUUAUAUAAGAUCUUUGAGUCGCUGUAAGAAAUGGAAAGCUCAAGGUGGGAAGAGCAAUGUAUUCUUUGCAAAAACAUUGGAUGAUCGAUUCGUCAUUAAACAAGUAACAAAAACUGAGCUUGAAUCAUUCAUUAAAUUCGGGCCUGGAUACUUCAAAUAUCUUUCAGAAUCCAUUGGCUCAGGAAGUCCCACAUGCCUCGCAAAGAUUCUUGGCAUAUACCAGAUUACAUCAAAGCAUCUCAAAGGAGGGAAAGAAUCAAAGAUGGAUGUUUUGGUUAUGGAGAAUCUUCUGUUUAGGAGAACUGUGACGCGACUUUAUGAUCUCAAAGGAUCUUCCAGGUCCCGGUACAAUCCAGAUCCUAACGGGAGGAACAAAGUUCUGCUAGACCAGAACUUGAUUGAAGCAAUGCCGACUUCUCCUAUUUUCGUGGGAAACAAGGCAAAACGGUUGUUAGAGCGAGCCGUCUGGAAUGAUACCGGCUUUCUUGCAUCGGUUGAUGUAAUGGACUAUUCGCUACUCGUCGGGGUGGAUGAAGAGAAGCAUGAGUUAGUUCUUGGGAUCAUUGAUUUCAUGAGACAGUAUACAUGGGACAAGCAUCUUGAAACAUGGGUAAAGGCUUCCGGCAUCCUCGGAGGGCCAAAGAAUGCAUCUCCGACGAUUAUAUCGCCAAAGCAGUACAAGAAAAGGUUCCGGAAAGCGAUGACCACUUACUUUCUCAUGCUUCCUGAUCAGUGGUCACCUCCAGCCAUAGUUGGAAGUUCAUCACAGUCUGAUUUAGGUGAAGAUUACACUCAAGGUAGGUCCUCAGUUGAAUGAUUCUGUGUUUGUGUAAAUUCUAGUUCCAAUUUGGGGUCAUAUUAUUCACCCUAUAUUUCCAUUUUCAUUUUUUCCCCUUCUCAUAUUAUAUAGGAAUUCUUUUGGUUCAAUUGUAAUCUGUUCAACUAGAUAUUUCCAAUUAUUUUUUUUUGGGAAGAAUACCAGAAAAGAAAAAAGGAAAAAAAAGAAGGGGGCUGUUAGAAGCCACAUGAUGUUUGUCAGGGGUAAAAGUAUUUGAUAUCCUCUGAUUGAAGUCCUUUGUACAAAAACUAGUCACUUUUUAUAGAAUCAAGUAAUAUAAAUGUAUACAGAUUCAAUUUCAACUCUUGAAUAUCUCAAAUUUCAUUUGCUUGCCUUCAGAA